AAAAAGGUCUCGUAAGUUCCCGUGAUGCUGGACGAGACCGCGCCAACAUGUAACGAAAGUUUAGUCUGUGUACUGUUGCUUUGUAGUAAUGCAAAAAUAGUCUACUAUUGUGUGGAAUUCAAGCGUUUAUGACGCCGAGGGAGGGCUUGUUUUAUCAGCAUGGACAUGUACAGAGACGAGACGGAGUUUACGGACAUGGAAAUGAUUCAAACGGUUGUGGGCAUGUUCGAGGGUAAUCGUCGUAUGCAAAGGAUAGUGAGAUAUGGUCUUCUGGGUCUGGAAUAUGAAGACGAGGAUACAGUUGAUUAUGACGGCUGGGUGCAUGAGCCUCAUAAUUUCCAUGGUUGCCAAAGACUUUCUGAUGCCAUGGGUAGCGACAGAUUCAGAGGCAGCACUACAAGGUCAUCCCACUCUGUUGUCCAGCCUCCCAUUCAUUAUUACAUUCCAGCUCAUGAACCUCCUCUCUCAGCUCGUCUUCCGUCAAAUGAGAGCGAUGCUGAAAGAAAUGCCAGGUUACUGGAAGAAGUGAAACAAAAUGAAGAAAAGGCUCAAAAGAAACGGCUUAAGAAGCAGAAACAAAAGAAAAGAAAACAGCUUGAGAAGGAAAAACAGAAUGCUGUAAAAAGUGAAGAGGGAAAAACUGAUGUGCAGCAAUCUGAUACAGGGGAGAGUAAAGCAGCUGACAAGAAAUCCAAAGAUGAUAAAAGUUCCAGUGUUGACCAGUUGGCCUCGGGUAAAGAUACAGACGGCAGUGAAGAUGAAACUGAUGGUGAUGGUAGUGACGAGGAUGGCUCCUUUGACUCUGAGGACCUGGAUAUGACGAGUACAUUUGUGACUAAAGCCGCUCUCAUAGUCAAGCGUAAAUUAGAGCAGAAACCACAGCAUGAGAACAAGGAGAAAAAGACGCCGGUUAAAGAAUGUAAAACAGUCCCUGAGAAGGCGAAGGAAAAACCAGAGGUUGAAAAAAAGGAAUCUGCCGCCCAUAGUAUCCCCACCAUUGAAGAUAAUAUUAGAAUUAGUACAGAGCUUGCAGUUAUCGGAAAUAGGUUUGCAAGUUCUGGAGACUUUAAUAUGGCUGUGAAGUACUUCACUAAUGCAAUAAAGUACAAUCCUACUGAGUUUAAAUUGUUCGGCAAUCGUUCCUUUUGUUUUGAGAAGAUGCAAGUAUAUGAAAAGGCGCUGGCUGAUGCAGAGUUGUGCCUCAAUAUGUGUCCAGGCUGGGUUAAAGGCCUGUUUAGGAAGGGCAGAGCUCUGGCUGGAUUAAAGAGGUAUGAGGAAGCUGCCCAGGCCUUUAAUGAAGUCCUCAGGCUGGAAAGUUCAUAUGCAGAAGCUGCGCAGGAACUAAUGCGAGUGCAAAUCAUGCAACUAAUGGAGUAUGGUUUUACACGGGAGCAGAGUUCAAAUGCAUUAAUUAUUCAUGGAACAGUUAAAAAAGCGUUAGCUGUGUUGUCUACAUUAAACCAUCAACCAGGGGCUAAUUAUAAUGCUCUCCCACCAGCUCAAGUAGUGAACGUCACCGGAGUCUCACCAGUUCUUUCAGCAAACACAAACCCUGCAGCAGCAGCGGCUCCUCCUCCUCAUCCUCCUCAGUCCCAGGACGCACCAACAACAUCACUUAAACACAAACCUUUAGGCCCGAUACAGAAUAUGUCAAAUGUCCAGAAUCAUCUCAGGCCCACUCCCAAUAUGGCUGUGAGGAGUAGUAAUGAAAACAGUCAGCCACCACCGGAGUUGUUUCCAGUUUGGGUGGGAAACUUGUUUUACCCCGUGUCUGAUUCUGUGUUAACCAACCUGUUUAACAAGGCCGGGGACGUCUAUAGUGUGAAGGUUCUGGCUUUCAAACGUUGCGCCUUUGUAAACUUUACAAAACAGGAGUUUUGUGACGAGGCGAUCAGGAAAUUUCAUGGCUUUGAGCUGAACGGGAUGAAGAUUGCUGUGAGAUACCCAGACAGGAUUCCUUACGGCAUGGGUAUUUCAAGAUCUGCCCUCAGAGCCGACGACCUGCAGAAUGAAAGUGUGGGACAGUAUACACUUGGCGGUCGAAGACAUGUACGCCCUCAAAGGUGUGAGGACAGAGACAGCGACAAGAACUGAAAGGAAACGAGAUGUCUCUAACCUUUCUCUAAAAUCUCCCAAUAAAAGCAGAAUCACAUGUUCUGUCUAGUACAGACUUUUAAGGCUUUGCUGCCUCUUUGAGCAGUAUCUGUUUUUAGUGCAUCGCAGAAGCAGAGAAGAGUAUUUUUAAGUCAGUGAUUAAGUGACUUUUACACAUUAAUCAUUAACCUUACUUUUAUUAUAGGACUGCAAGGACUAUCGCAGUAUUGACGUUUGUUUUUGAUGCCAGUAUUGGAAAAGCCUGUCAGGAAAGUAGAAGGCAGUUAGUUGAUCUUGGGAUUGCAAGGAGCAUCUGCAGCACAUUAAAAUGCUAACAUGUCUCUUUUCACACACACACUGCCUUUUUUUUUGUGACUUUCUCAAUAUUUUCAGGCUUCCUUUGCAGUGUAAGCAAUUGUCAUUGCUGGCGCAGGAGCAGCAAUCUGUCCACUGAUAAAGAGUAUUUGUUGUUGAACAGCCAACAGGAGCUUUUCAAUUAAUUUUCAUAUUGUGAACUUAUAUAAAAAGAUAUAAGAGCCUCAUCUGUAUUCAUUAUCUAUUCAAAAUCAUCUUAAUUCUGCUUUUUUUUUUUUUAAACAAUCUAUAUAUGAUAAUCACACACUUUCUUGCAGACCUACUCACUAUUAAUUUAAUCAUAGAUUAGUUUUUAGUAAGAAGUGGCAGUUUACAGUAACUCAUUUACUGAUCACAGGGAGGCAUAUGUUCUUGUAUUCGUAAUUGUGGGGUUUGUUCUUUUAAGAAUUAAAGAUUCUUUCAUAUUCAGA